AUGCUGCAUUGUUUAUUCUCCCUUUCCCGUACGGUCGAUGAAAUGUUAGGCGCUGGUAAAAAGGCAAAUAAAAGAUCAAAUCACAAAAAGAAAAGUGGUUUGGUAGAGACUCCGUUGGCGACUCCUGGAGAGAAACACGUGCUUUUUUUGCCAAAACGUGGUGCGUCGGAGUCGUUUCCUGAACUUCAUCUGGAAAUUGGCAGCAUUCGGUUAAUUGACGCUCGAAAGUUUUCGCUGAACAUGGCACAUAGCAACUCGACACAAAUUAGAGAAUUUUUAAGAAUCGGUCUACCGUCGGAAAAAUAUGGAAGACGAGAAUAUACUUUUGGCACUGGUCCAACUGUGGAAUGUCUUAUAGCAAAAUCUGCGGAAAAUAAUGCACCGUGGAUGCUGUAUCGAUCGUAUGGUAGAACAGAUGAGUUGACUAUGUUGGACUACAAAGAAACGAAGCUCUACUAUCUACAGUACAUGCCACAAACACUAUUGACCGAAGAAAAAACCCUUUCGCUGCAAUAUAUCACAGAUUGGUUAAGUAUUGCGUAUAUCAUGAGAAACGAAAUUGAACGUCGUCGUAAGGACACGGAAACAUUUGGUCGUGGAAAGCGAUUAACGGUGACGAAUAUGAAAAUCACACCAUUAUAUCCGACUCAUCGAAAAGCAAUUGCAAAAGAAGAGAAGAAAAAUUUCAAAAUUUGGCCUAAAAUGAUAGCCGAAGCAGCAGAUGAUGUGGAUAAAUCGAUAAAACAUCGGAUUCUCUUCUUUGAGAAUGUCUUUCGGUUUGGUGGAGUUUCUGAUAUGGUGAAAGAAUUUCAAGAACAGAACAAAAAAUGGGUAGAAGAAAGACUGAAAUGUUCAGAUAUGAAUAAAAGGAUUGUUGUUGGAAAGAACUGCAUAGAGGACCUAAACAGACUACGGCCAUUCAGUUCGGUCUAUCAUUUGGCUAGUGAGCUACACGAAGUCCCUCCAUCACUUGGGCACUCAAUUUUUCUAUGCAGAGCGCUGAAGGAUCUCACGUUAGGUAUUGGAAAGCAGGAAAUCGUUAGAAAGAUAAAGCAAUCAAAAACUGUUCCUCUAAAAGUUCGACCAACAAGAUAUGAAUACGGGCCAAGUCCUGUUACAGCAUAUUGUGAAACGGAUGACUUCUCCGAACCAUUUACGCUUGACUUUCAUCCAUCACCACCGCAUGCACCGUCGGUGAACUCACUAAGUGGUUUCAGCAGCGACAGCGCUGCGUCUACCGCUACAGAGUCUCCUGGUGAUUGGCAGCAUAACUGGAAAAUGCAGACGAUGCAUAACGAUAUGGAACAUCGCCUUAUGGAUACUAGUAUCCAGAAUCCAUUGGAAGAACAACAAUUGGGUGAACUGGAAGCAGCGCAACGUAUUGCGAAUGAGGUGGAUCGACGGAUAGCCAUGUUAAACAACUAUCAAGGUUUCGAUGAUCUUCUUGGUGGGAAGAACAACUAUGUGUUCCGUCUUUUUCAGAAUUCUUCUUCCCAAAAGCUACGUCGGGAGGUCAGAGUGGCAAAGGAGCUCAAGAAGCAAUUAAAUGCUCUUGCAAAAUUGGCCAAGAAUACUGAAAAAGAGGACGUGCUAACCUUACAAGUUGCCGAUUAUUUAUUUAACGAGACACUUCGAAUGUUACCGGAAAAUGAGAAAGAUCCAUAUGAUGGGUUAGCAAUCAAUAAUGCGUGGAAAACACUGAUCGAUAAUGAUUUGAUCAAAUCGGAAAGUAGAAAAACGCUUAAGACAUUGUUUUCCUCUCAUCACUCUUGGGUGAAUGCUACGAACAUCUCUCAGAAAUACAUUGUUCCACGAUGUGAUCAACUUCCGUAUGAGGGAACAGCUCCAGAUGAGUAUUCUUCUGUCUCUGUUCCCUGGAUGCUGUUAUGUGCAGGAAUUUGUGUUAUUUGUGCUGUUUUUAUAGCCAUUAUGAUCACAUUGUGA